AAGUGAUAAGGUUAUAGGAAUACAUCAACAUGCCGUGCCCUUGAUACAGAAGAAUUUAAUGUAGGGGAGGCAGAUCAGGGUACUAAAUAACCUUGAGGCUGACUAAGGCCACAGUAAAUCUCUUUUCACCCUGUUGUGCUUAAAUGAGUCAGUGUUUCCCUUCUGCCUACUGAUGAGACGACAGAAAGAAAUCUCAGUAUACGGUUCUAAUACUCCAGGUCCACAGAAUAGAAAGAAGAGUAGAUUUUUCCCCCCUGUAUAUUCCAAGAAAUCUCUCCAGCACUCCUAAAGCCAAGGCAAAAUUGUAUGGUAGGAGCAGAGGUAUCACAGACCCCACAAAGCAGAAAAAGCCCAGGGAAAUUGAGGGAGUGAGGCUGCUGCAGUCUUUAACAGUAAAGUCCAUGGAAGAAGGGUUACCCUUAAGACCUCACAGAUAAAGAGUCACCUGCAUACAGGAUAGCUCUGUGGCAGUCACAAGGACAGUUGCUCAAUACAUGACAACUAAAGUAUUUGCUUCAUCUCCCAGAGGGUUUUAGACAACUCUACCCAAGUUUUGUGAGCUUUGAGCAUGGCUAGUAUCUUCUGGUCAAACUACUUACUUUCGGUAUAGAUUCUGGAGUUUCAGUUUAACAGGUGUUUGAAAACAUUAAAUGAAGUCUUCUAGACGUAAAUAUUUGUAACUUUAAAUUGUGGGUAGAUCUGAGUAACAUCAUGACAUAUGCAGCUCUGCUAGUGCAUCAUUCACCUCAUAUAAUCUCAUCAUAUAGCAGCUAUGUGACUUCACAUCAGCCCACGAAGAAAGGUGAGUGUGGUGCACCAUGGCAUUGAGACAGAAACUGACUCAUUAUAUAUUGCGAUUAUAGUUCGAGUUCACCAUUAUAUGUUGUUGUAAAUACCUUCUUGUGUCUAGUUAGCAAAUUAACAUUUCUCACAUGUCUGUAUAGGGAAAACCAUAGUGGUUAGGCUAACUACUUGCCACUAUUUUAGUCUUCCACUACAGGUCUUGAAACAUACCUCCUUCAGAUACUGAUGAGUUCUGCGCUUCUUUUCUUCCUUUUUAUACACACUUGUGGACAUGUAUUUUGAUCUUUCCCACCUGCUGUUGUACUUGGUUACCCCACCCCCUUCUGCAGAACCUGCUCUCACCUCAGCUCCCCUCCUGCCGUCACUGCUUUGUUCAUUUGUGACCUUAGGAUGCUAAUCAUGGUUACCUUAGUGAACGUGGCUGAGAGUUAUUUACUGAAGCAUGGCCAGUUUAUCAGUGGCUACACUUCUGAAAACACUGACUCUUCUCCAGCAAGCCAUUGACCUCUAAAUAGUUCCUCAGGAACAGUGGGGCCUGACAACGGGAUGUUGGGGAGGCCCCAUUGUGCAGGCAACUAUAGCUGCUUGGAGUUCACAAGCUCAACAGCUGUAUCAUGUCCAGAACACAGCACUCACAACAUUGCUUCCCAUCCUCCAAUGUUUGUAUUUUCUCUUUUCUUCUUUUAUGAUGUUCUCCAUGCCUUGGAUUGGGUGACAGGGGCAAGUAUUCAAGAGUUACUUAUAUUCAGGACUUGGACUGUUUAUGAAUUUCUGUAUUAAACAUCACCCACUGCACAGAGAAACCUCUUUGGCCAGCACUAAUCUUCUUGACAGCAGCACUAAUCUAUCAGUAUAAACAUUAAUAUUUAUAAGACAGCUUGACAUCGGGUCCAUAGAGCAAAACAACGAUAGGUUAGGGCCUAUGACCUUUCCACCCAAGGGCUUUGGAGUUCCCUUCUGGAGGGAGGGCCUCAAAUACAAUCAGAUAAUUGUUCGUCACCACCAUAACUUCCAUGCCACUUUUAUACCAACCGGCUGAUUGAUAUUGCGGAUUACAGGGUUCACAGCUGGCUAGGACACUUUCAUCUCUGCUGCAAGGUUCUGGCUUGAUUUUUCUGUUUCCUGCAAUCAAAGGGUGUGUUGUUUUCAGCAAUAGAGUCCAGCCAUUUAGUUCUUGUGGUCAAGAAGAAACAGGCCCCAGGCUAGCUAGAAGCCUUGGAAGCAGGUAUAAGAUGUGGGAACUAUCAGUUCAGGAACAUGGAUGGGCGGGGCGGAAGUUCUUUGCCCGCCAUCUUUCUUACUGGCGCGCCAUACUAGUGCAGCGAUCCUGUCAGCUGAGAAAGUCUUGGGGGCUCAGGCACCGUGGCCAGAAGACCUUCGACCUCAGGAGCGGGGGUGAGGCUGCAGGAGGCUCCGGACACAGACAUGGACAAAUUGAGGAAGUCCAGAGGAGUAAAGAUGUUGAUGAAGAUUCUAGGAGAAACCUAAGACGUGGACUGGUGGAAUUAUUGUAUAAACCCAGUGAAGGCAGACAAUGUGACGGAAUCUUCAGUGAGUUUCCAGAUACUGUUAUGAACAAGAAAACCUCUCAUGGAGUAAAACGGUGUGAAAGUAAUUUAUGUGAAGACAUACUUAUUGGUCUUCCACCCCUAAAUAUGCAUAUUCCUCUUCAACCAGGACAUAAACGAUAUGAAUAUGAGGUAUAUGAAGACAGUCUCUAUAAAUUUAGGGAGUGUGGGAAAACCUUCAUGUAUCCUGAGUGCUAUCUGAAACAUGGAAAUACCCACACCAUUGAGAAACCGUAUAAAUGUCAUCAAUGUGGGAAAGCCUUUUCUUCUUCAAGUAAGGUUCGAAGACAUGAAAGAACUCAUACCGGUGAGAAACCCUACAUAUGUAACCACUGUGGGAAAGCCUUCCCUAGUCGUGGUUCCCUUCGACGUCAUGACAGGAUUCACAGCGGAGAGAAACCCUUUGUAUGUAAGUAUUGUGGGAAAGCUUUCACUGGUCAAAGUUCACUUCCACGCCAUGAAAGAAUUCACAGUGGAGAGAAACCCUAUGUAUGCAAAUACUGUGGCAAAUGUUUCAUUUCUUCAAGUACCUGUCGAGUACACGAACGGACUCACACUGGAGAGAAACUCUAUGUUUGUAACCUGUGUAAUAAAGCUGUCACUACUCGUACUUCCCUUCGAAAUCAUGAAAGAAUUCACAGCGGUGAGAAACCCUAUGUCUGUGAACAGUGUGGGAAAGGUUUCAUCUCUUCUGGUACCUUUCGGAUCCAUGAACGAAUUCACACCGGAGAGAAGCCCUAUAGAUGUAAGGAAUGUGGUAAAGCCUUCACUAUACAGAGUUCUCUUCAGCGCCAUGAAAGGAUUCAUACUAGGGAAAAACCCUAUGACUGUAAGGAGUGUGGGAAAGCUUUCAGUGGGUACAGUUCCCUUCGGCGCCAUGAAAGGAUUCACAGUGGAGAAAGGCCCUAUGCAUGCAAGCAGUGUGGGAAAGCCUUUCCUGCUUUGGGUGACUGUCAGAGACAUGAGCAAAUUCACACCGGUGAGAAGCCCUACAUAUGUAAGCAGUGUGGGAAAGCCUUCACUCGUUGUGGUUCCCUUAGAAUACAUGAAAAGACCCAUGCUAGAGAGAAUUCCUAAGCAUAAAAUGUGGGAAGGACUCCUUAUUGCAUGCCCUUUCUAUAAAAAGUUGUUACAAUGUUUAGUGAAGCAAACAAGUAUCAAUAUAAAGUUAUGAGGGUUGCCACUAGUCAUAUUUUUCAAUUAACAAACAAAAGAACAAACUAAAAAUGCACCCAAUAUCAAAACUUGCUCAGAAAGUUGACUGUAAGAAAUUGUUUUAAAAUUCUAUGAGAUUCCUCAGGUAGUAGGGAACCAUAAAUGCACAUUAUGAAAGGUUCAAUACAAAGUAAUUUAUGUAGAAUGCUCCAAAAAUUACAUAACCUGAAGGAAAAAUUUCUAAAAUUAUAUCACACUGAUUAGUUUAUUACUAAAAUAGAUAUCUGAACUAUUUGUUUCUAAGUCUAACUCUUGUAAAUAAAUGGUGGCAUGACAUAAUUCUAUGAAGUUUGCUUAAGCAGUGGAGCAAGAGAGUAUCUUUUUUUUUUUCCCUGUUCCCUACCAUUCUGAAGACUUUUGGUUGUUUGAAUAGUGAAAUGGCCUUUUGAGAUGUAGUUACAGCAAAUAUCUUAACAACAAAUGAGUUGGCACUAGCUCACGGUGCUAGGACAAGAUUCUCCAGGAUGAUGGAUGUGCUCUAAAUUGGCAUCUCAUACAGCACUGUUUCUCCUAUGGGUCCGGGACUUGAGGGCAUGGGAAUCAUCCCUAUAACUUACCAGCAAAUUUUAUUUUCGUGUUCUGUAGAUAUUAUGGUUCCACCAGGAGGAACACCCAGCCAUUCCUUUGAACUGGAAGCUAAGACACCCACACAUACCUAACACCACACCCAUUUACUCUGGAUUCCUUGUGUCCUUGAGUUAACUAAAAAUUGUUAUUGUUACUGGAGUGACAGUUCCACUUGACCAGUGGGGAAUGAGACUGCCAUUCAGCAAUGGAGAUGUUCUGAUUAUUUUUUGUUUACUUUACAUAAGCUAGAGUUACCUGUAAGAGAAAUUGCCAUUAGAUUGGCCUGUAGGCAAGUCUGUGGGGGCAUUUGUUUGAUUAAUGAUGUAUGUAUGUAUAUAUAUUCCUUUAAUGGGACAGGGCUACUGUGGGUAGUGCAACUCCUGGGUAGGUGCUGUAUAAGAAAGCAGGCUGAGUGAGCCAUGAGGAGCAAGCCAAGACUCAAGUCUUCCUCCUUGGUCUCUUCUUCAGAUCCUACUUCCAAGUUCUAAGUUCCUGCCUUGAGAUUCUCCUACCCUGGCUUCUCUUGGGGUUGGAAUGUAAAGUGUAAUUAAAACAAAUCCUUUUUCCUCAAGUUGAUUUUGGUCAGUGUUUUAGCAACAACAACAACAAUAACAAUUCAAACUAGAAUACAAGGAGAGGAAGUCUAUUCCUGGAUUUCCUUAUUAUUGCCAUGUCUGUUGAUUAAAACCCAUGGGAAGCUACAACGCAGUCCAAACAGGGUAAUAAAUGGCUCAGAUACUCCAGAAUGCAAGUUUGAAUGGCUUCUCAGGGUAAAGAACCAGUUGAUUUGGGUGUAUGAUGAUGUUUUUAUUUACUUAUAAGUUUUUUUAUACCAAAAUUUAUUUUAAAUUAUAAAAAUGAAGAUGCUUAGCACUUGCUGAAAGAGGAAGAAAUACAAAAUGACAUCAGAAGGUACUUAUAAAUAUGGCGUGCCUGUGGGUCCAGUUACAGAAGUGAGAAUUCUGAUUUUAUCGGGUCUUAUUUUAUUAAGAGUAUAUAUGUUGGGCUGGGUGUGAUGGCGUAUUCCUUUAAUGCCAGCGCUCAGGAGGCAAAGGCAAAUGUGUCUGUUAGUUCAAGACCAACUUGGUUGACAUAGUGAGUUUCAGAACAGCCAGGGAUGCUUAGACUCAAAAACAAACAAACAAACAAACAAACAAAAGAAUAUGUUUAUUUUUAUACUUGAUAGUGUUGAUUGCCAAUGUGACAAAUCUAGAAUCACCUGUGAGAUGGGCCCCUGAGAAUACCUGUGGACAGUUAUCUUGAUUGCAUAAAUGAGGUGGGAAGAUUCACCCACUGUUGGAAGUGCCAGUUCCUGACUGGAGUCUAUGAGCAUAUAAAAGUGGAGCAUUAACUGUCUGAGCACAAGCGCACAAGCGUUAACUCACUGUUCUCUGCUUUUGACUAUGGGUGUGAGAGCUGCUCAAGUUACUGCCAUAUUGACUUCCCACAGUGAUGGAAUUAUAAGCCAAAUAACCCCCCUUUCCUUUAUGUUGCUUUUACCAGGACAUUUUGUCACAACAGGAAAUGAAACUAAGGAAUAUACACACAUAUAAAAUAGAUAUUCAUGUUUUCUUUUAUCCCUUCUUUUACCAUGUAAUAUAUUUAUUGAUUUAAUAAUGCUGGGUAUUGCUAUGUAUUGUCAUAUUUAAUUAUGGUAUAAUAAGUGAAUAAGUUUUCCUCAAGGGACUUUGGCACCUAUUCUGUGGAAACAAUGUUUUCAUUUGUACAUGAAAAUCAUGUUAGGUGAAAUAACUUUGUUAGCGUCUUUAUUUAGAAAUUGUGUAUAACAUAGGUUCACCUGACUGAUGAAACGCACCUGUAUAUUGGUGAGGAAAUUUCCAUAGAAGGAAUGAUAUGUAGGGCAGUGACUUGGAGGGGAAAACACAGAUUCAAUGUGGGUAGCAACUCCCAACAUGGUCCUAGAUGAAGUCUCAGGAAAAGCAGCAGGCACAUACCUCCCUUCCUUUCUGUCUGAGUGUAUCUAUUGAUGCUACUACGAACCUCUGCUGUCUUUUUCCUCUUAACUUGGACUCAGUUCUAGUGACUCUUCAGGAGCUUCCAGUAUUUGGCCUCAGAUUGGGCCCCCUAAGGCAUUUAGCUUUUCAGAGUGGGCAGCUACCAAGAUCUCUACUUCUCUGGUACAACCAAGCAUUGUUGGAUCACCAGCCCCUAUCAUAUGUGACAAUCUAGUAAAUAUCUUCUUUAAUAACUUUCUUGGUUCGAUUCUGGAAAACCCUAAUAUGAUCUGAUUAAUUGAAAGAGAGAAAUUUUGCUCUUUUUCAGCUUUUGCAAAAUUUAAUCAAUUUUACAAAUUUCAAAGACAUGUACAGAAUGUUUGGGGGUUUGUUUGUUUUGUUUUGUUUUGUUUUGUUAUUUGAUCUGGAUCCAUACUACUACUUAAGAACUACCUACUUUUUAAAAGUUUCUGUGUGUAAACAUGUAUGUGCUGCAGAACAUGUGUGCAGGUCAGAAGGCAGCUUUGAGUGUCAGUUGCCACCUUCCAUCUUGCUGAGGCAGGGUCUCUCUUGUUUCUGCUGCAUCUGCUAGCUGGCCUGUGAACUUGGGGGAUCCUGCUUCCAUCUCCUAUCUUGUCAUAGAAAUAUGGGAUUACAGGUAUGCGAUUGCUGCAUCUGGGUUUUAGGAGUUUUAACUCAUGUCGUCUCACUGGGCAAGUCCUUUAUCUACAGCUGUUGCCCCAGACCAGAAUUAUAUAUUUUGCACAUAAUGUGUUAACAUUUCUCAUCAUAAAAUAUGCUGUUCCUAUGAGUGUAUGGCUAAUUCCAGUCAUCUGGACUAGUUUAAACUUUUAUAACUUAGAUACUCAAGUAUUUCCAAUGAUAUACCGAACAGUCCUCCAGUAAAUACAAAUGUUCUUCAAAUUUGGUAAUAUUUGCUUUUAUAAACUCACAAUGAAAUGAGCCCAUAAAUUGAAAUUGAAAAUUACUGAACUUCAAUGCUAAGUUGAGGCUAAAUUUGAAACUCUUCAAAUUGAAGCAUGCCAAAAGGAGAAAAUUAUGGAAAACAAAACACUGCCUCCCCCCGCCCCCCCAUACAGUCUCUGGUUCUCUUUGCUAAUAAAAGCAGGAAACUUGCGAUACCAUUGAUUAAACCCAAAUUGAAAAGCCUGCCAUGGUGAUCAUACCUUUAACCCCCUAGCACUUGGGAGAUUCUCUAUGUUCAAGACCAGUCUAGUCUGCACAGUGAGACCCUGUGCCAUAAAUGGAAGAACACGAAAGAAGGAAGAAGAAGAAAACAACUUUUCUUUUUUAAGACUAAAAUGACAUAUUUCUAGCACUUGCCUCUCAUUCCUACAUCUGUACAAUUGCCCACAGAAAUCUGCCUCACUCCACCUUUGUCAAACAAUUCCUUAGCGUUUAACUUUUGUCACAGACUGUACUCUCUAAGAGUGUUUUUUAAAGGGUUUGUUAAUUGUGGGGGCGGGGGGAGGGAUGAAGGGGGUUUAAACAACCUUUAAAGAAAUUAUUUCCUUCCCUUGAGCACCUUUCUAUUUUAAUCUCCAAAUCUACACUGGCUCAGCCUGAAAUUUUUUUUUUUUCAUCAAAGCCAUGAAUCCCACUUUUGCUUGGUGACAGCAUGCUGUGAAACUGUCUUCCUACCUGCAGUGACAAGCUCAUUUCCAUAACACCUGUUGGACAAAAUCACCUGUUUGAUAAUGACACAUUAAAUAGCUUAAUUACCUGAGUGUUUCAUGCUGCUGUAUGAUGUGAUGGCAAUAUUAUGCUCAUUAAGAUGAGCUGUGCUCUGUCUGAUUUGUAUGCAUCAAGAUCAUCCAAAAGUACAUUGCAUAUUGAUAUCCAGUUUAAGAUCGCCCUUUGAAAGUCAAUAGCAUUUUCUUAUUUUUUUUUAAUGUGUAUGUGUCUGUUGCGCACAUGAGUUUGUGGCAGCAGAGAUCAGAAGACAUGGUUGGAUCUCCUGAUCACCAUGGCAGUUGUGAGUCACCUGAUGUGUUAGGAACUCAAUCUGGGUCCUCAGCAACAAUGGUGUAUUGGUUUAUUUUCUGUUUUGGUAUGAAAUAUCUUAAGUCUUUUCCACUCCCAAGUUUUUGUUGUUGGUUUUGGUCUGUAUUUUAUUGCAACAGAAAGGAAACUCCAAAAAAUGCACUCGUAAGCAGUGAGCCAUCUCUCCAGCCCCUUGAUAGCAUUUUCUGAUCAGUGAUUUUUGUUUCCCAACCACUUAAAAUAAAAAACCUCCAUAAACAAAGACUAGUGUGAGUCACUGAUCAUCCUUCUUUCUGUUAAAAUACUCCUAAAUAGAGUAUUCAUUUACUUCUUAGUAUUACUAUAACAAUUUUUUUUUUUUUUGGUUUUUCGAGACAGGGUUUCUCUGUGUAGCCUUGGCUGUCCUGGAACUCACUCUGUAGACCAGGCUGGCCUCGAACUCAGAAAUCCGCCUGCCUCUGCCUCCCGAGUGCUGGGAUUAAAGGCGUGCGCCACCAUGCCCGGCCAACAAUUUUUAAGUCUGUUGUUAGACCUGAAAAAAAAAAUUGCACAACUGUCUGACUAAAGCAAGCCAAAUUUGGAACUGACCAGCUGGCUACCUCUCCCAAAGCUGGGAUUUCAGAGAGCACCUUCUCACUGGUUUGGGGGGUCCCUUUUAUGGGGAAGGGUUAGGGUUGAUAGAAAAGAACUGCCAAGAUAAUUGGCUGUCCCUGCCUGGACAGAAGAGUGGAGGACUUAGGGCUCGAGGCUGCCUGUGAGGUGAAUAAAUGCCAUGCAGAACAGCUGCCAGGACAGUUGGUUUUUAGGAAGGAGGCAAUAAGCAUACUGAAAGACUACACCAUAUGGAAGGGGAGUCACCGAGGUAUCUGGGAAGACAUCUUCAUAAGGCAAAAGGGCAGUCAUUAUCACAGGUUCGGGAGUUCAGAGUAGGGCAAAGGGUGGGUUUACAUCAUGGGGUUACAUAUUCAUUGGUUGAAAAGCAUAAAUUGCCAGAGGCUUAGAAAACAAACAUAUUCUUAUAGGAUAUGAAAACAUAACAGUUAUGACAAUGUAGCUUCUUACAUUAGGCUUAAAGAUCAGAAACGUAUUCUUGUACGGUAUGGAGACUUAGUAACAGUGACAGUAUGGGUCUGUAACAACAAUGGCCUCUCUUUUGGUUCCACACCAUAUGAGGUCAGUAUGUUUAGGUAAAUUGUUAGGAUAGAAGCCUAUGAAGAAACAAAAAUACCACCACUUGUGGUCAGUGUCUACUUAUUAAAUAAGUAUAUCAUGGUCAUCCUUAAGCAUUUAUUAAUAUUUAUUCAUCUGUUUAUUUUUGAGAUAGGGUCUCACUUUGUAGCUCUACCUGGCCUGGAACUCAUGCAGACCAGGCUGGGCUCCAACUCAUAAACGCCUGCCUGUAUCUACCUCUGUCUCCUUUGCUGGGAUUAGAUGCAUAUGCUACCACACUCAUGAAAGCAAGCAUCACCAACAUUCCACGUUUCUUGUAUAAUAGUUACUUCAGGUUUAGGGUUUUCUUUUUUUUUACCAUUAAUUUAUUCAUAUUAUAUUCCAAUUGCAGUCCCCCUCUUCCCAGUGCCCCCUUCUACAUUCCCUCCCCCCAGUCUCCACCAUCCCCUUAGGGUUUUCUAAUGACUUUUGCUGUAGCUGGACCUUCUGAUAAACUUGUUCAGUGCUAGGAAACCUGGCACAUCUUAAAGCAAAAAGGUAUGAAUGAGUUCACUGAGCUGUGGAAUAAUAUAAAAAAGAUGCAGGUGCUCCCACACACUUUGAAACACUUCUUCUCAUGAGAGAUGCCACUUAGAAAGCAGACAAUAGGAAACUAAAUUGAGCUAUUCAGCUGCCUCAAAAGAUGGAUGGUGGCGGGUCUGUUUCCCUUUACCAUACACCACAGCUUCUGUUAUUCAGGGUCUCUAUGGGUUAUAUUCCUCAAUAGCGAAUGGCUACUUCUCCUGGUACUGUGGCUUCAUCAUGUUCCAUAUGAACUAGCUUCUGUACUGUUCAAUAACAUCUCCACCAGGCUCUCACUCUGAGCCAUCUGAAUCAUACCUAAGCCAGACAUCACAUAGCUGGACACCAUGCAGAUGUCUGUAGGCAUAAUGUUUUUAUGCACUGUGUAAAGGUUAUCUCUGUGUGUGUGUUUUAAGUGUAAAGCACAUGUACUAAGUGUGCUUGCAGGAAGUAUAAAUGAAAAACGAAGAGAUAUAAAACUUUAAAACACAAAAGGGAACUGGAGAGAUGGCUCAGAGAAUUAAGAGCACUAGUUGGUCUUAUACAGAAGAGCAGAGAUAGAUUCUCAGCACCCACAUUGGGCAACUCACCACCACUCUGGGAAGGAAUCUGAUUCCCUAUUCUGGCUUCUUGGGUAUCACGUGCACAUAUACAUACAUGCGUACAUACAUACAUGCAUAAAUCUUUAAAAAUUAAAAUUUAAAAACUAGGAAAGGACCCAAGUGGCCACCCCAGCCACAGCAGCCUCCAGAAAGACACCUGCCUGGGAUGGAAGAAAGGCACCUGCCAUGGGUGCUACAAUGGAUGAAUGUGUGAUAGAAAGAUGGGAAGAAUGGAGAAUCCAGUGGAGAUGCAGAAGAGAAAGUGAAGCCUAGAAGUUCAUACAAUGUGGAGAAAGGUGUAACUAGAGACACACAGCAGCAAGGAACAGACAGAUAGGAGGAGGUUCUGACCCUAGGGCUGCCACCAAGGGCUGUAUCUGAGUCUCUGAUGCUGCUGCAACUGGUAUCUGUGUCAAUGUCUGUUACCACCAAAGGCCAAGUGGAUGUCUGUGGUCUGGGCUGCUGCUGGACACCAUGUAGAUGUCUGUAGGCAUAAUGAUUUUAUGCACUGUGUAAAGGUUAUCCUUUGUUUUAUUUUUUAUUUAACUUUAUUAUUUAUUUGUUUGCUUGUUUGUUUGUUUAUACUUAUUCACUUUACAUCCUGCUCACUGCCCCCUUCUGGUCACCCCCUCCAACAAUCCUUCCACCAUUUCCCUCCCCUUUUCCUGUGAGUGGGUGGAGUCCCCUGGAUAUCCCCCUAGCCCUGGCAUUUCAAGUCUCUGCAAGGCUAGGCACUUCCUCUCCCUUUGAGGCCAGACAAGGCAUCCCAGUUAGAGGAUCGUAUCCCACAUAUAGGCAGCAGCUUUUGGAAUAGCCCCUGCUCUAGUUGUUUGGGACCCACAUGUAAGACCAAGGUGCAUAACUGGUACAUUAUGUGUGGGGAAGCCUAGGUCCAGCCCAUGUAUGUUCUUUGGUUGGUGGUUCAGACUCUGAGAACCCCAAGAGUCCAGGUCAGUUGACUCUAUUGGUCUUCUUGUGGCGGUCUUAUUCCUUAGAGGCUGAAAUCCUUCCUCUUGUUCUUCUGUAAGAGUCCCCAAGCUCCAUCCACUGUUUGGCUGUGGGUGUCUGUAUCUGUCUGAGUCAGCUGUUGGGUGGGUCCUCUUAAAGGACAACUUGUUCCUGUCUGCAAACAUAACAAAGUAUCAUUAAUAGUGACAGGGAUGGGUGCUCGCCCAUGGAAGGGUCUCAAGUUGGGCCUGUUAUUGGUUGGCCAUUCAUUCAGUCUGUGUUCCAUCCCCUGUGCCUGUAUUUCUCGUAGACAGGAUAAAUUUGGGGUUAAAAGCUUUGUAGGUGUGUUGGUGCCUCUAUUGCUCUACUGGGGUUUCUGCCUGGCUAUAAGAGGUGGCCUCUUCAGGUUCUAUAUCCCCAAUAUAGUUGGUCACAGCUAAGGUCACCUCCAUUGGUUCUUGGGUGCUUCCUUUAUCUGAGGUCUCUGUCUCGUCCUGGAAAUGCCCUAUCCUUGUGUUACUGAAAAGCUGAUUUCUUGUAUUCAUAUUUUGUUGCAAUCUAGACGUAACUUUGUUUUAUUUAUUUAUUUAUUUAUUUAUGGUUUUUUUUUUUCCAGACAAGGUUUCUCUGUGUAGCCCUGGCUGUCCUGUGUUAUGUUUAUUCUUAAAUGCUCCUUUCUUAAGCUUUUAUAAACAUUGUCGUUUGUUCAUUCUCUGCCUUAGCAAUAAAAGCCAAAGAGCCAAUUCAGAGCUUUAGGGAGAAUAAGGUGAGACUUCCAAUUCUAGGAAGGGGAAGAGGGAGCCACAAGGAGAGGUUGAGGCAGCAUGAGGAGAACAGAGCUGGUUCAAGAAGGAUGAAAAAUGCAAAUAAUUUGAGAAUAUUGUCUGGGAGGAAGCCUGACUAGCGUGAAGGUAUAGAAUGGCAUAAUAAUUGUUCAGUAUUUGGCUCCUGUCUGCAAAAAUAACGAAGUAUCAUUAAUAGUGACAGGGAUUAGUGCUUGCCCAUGGGAUGGGUCUCAAGUUGGGCAUUUUAAUAAAUCUUAGUCUUUCUAUAUGGUUAUUGAGGAAUAAGCUGGUUAAGGAAUAACUGCUGCCAUAUUAAUUUUAUGAGUCUAUAUUAAUAUAAUAAUAAAUCAACAGAUGUCUGAGAUCUGAGCUCCCUCGGGGACAUAUUCAUCUGAGUGACCAGUGCUGCCACCUGAGGCCAUGGGGACAUCGGGGCCCUUGCUGCUGCUGAGGGUCAUGCCUUAGGUCUGUAAUCCUAUGGCAGCUGGGGUUUAUGUUGAUGUCCCAGGUCUGCGUUACCACCAAACUUGAGGCAGAUGUCCUUGGUGUGGACUGCCACUUGAGGCACAGUGCUGAGCUGGUCCACCCCCUUGCCAGGCCAUCACACUUGGGAAAGCUGGCCCUGCCCCUCACCUGGGCUUAUUACGAUCUCUUGCUUAUUUUUCAAGUUUCCUGUCACACCAGAUUUAUUGGAGAACAUUGCUUUCUCUUUUAAGUGCAAAUUACCUUGGAUUUUUCCAGACAAUUUUGUAUUUAUCUUCAAUGGUCAAGACUUCCAGAAUUUUUCCUAAAGUGAAGAUUCAGAAGGCACAAAUUAUUACAUUACAGAAAACCCAUAUAUUUUCUCUGCAUUCAUAGCAUAAAGUGAUCAUUCCUGAAAUAUUCACUAAAAUGUUGUUUUUUCCAUGUUUCAAAUCACUGGGCAUCACAGAGAACCUUUGCAAAUGAUUAACUAUGAAGAUACUAGGCAACUCAUUCUCACCUGUAAAAGUCAAGUUUCUGAAGGUUCCCUGAAUCACUUCUCUAUAGAAUUUCUUACGGGGAGGAUCCAGCACAGCUCACUCUUUCAGGGUGAAGUUCAUAGGCACUAAAUCUACUGACUCCUAAAAUAUCCCACAUACAUUUCUAAGAGGAAGGGUAAGAAUCACACUAGAGACCUAGAUUUGCUCCAUUAGCAGUUGAUAAAGGGCUGGAGGUAUGGCUCAGUGCUGAAGAAGUUGCUUGGUAUGUGCAAAUGGGUUUGAUCUCUAACAGAGUGGGAGGGGCAUGGAGAGAUGUCCUGCUGGUUAGAAAUGCUUGUUCCACAAUCAUAAUGACUGAUCACAGUACCCAUGUAAAGGGCUCAUUGGGUUUCUCUUUGGAUUAUUUUUAUUCAUAGAUAUAUGUAUGUAUAUGUAUACAUGAGUACAGGUUCCCAGGGAGUCCAGAAGAUAAUAUUAGAUCCCCCGGAACUAGAGUUACAUACAGGUAGUUUUAGGCCAUCCAAUUUGAGUCUGGGAAGCACAUUCAGGGCCUCUGCAAAAGCAGUAAGUACUCUUAACCAGUGAAUUAGUUUUCCAGCCCCAACAAAGUUUUUUUCAAAACAUACAUUGGAAAACAGAUAGCCUUAAAAAAAAACCAGUGUUGAGAUAAUUCAAUAGGUACAUGUAGAAAAAUAAGUUAUGCUUAUCUCUCUCAAUCUGCAUAAAAAUUAACUCAAAAUGCAUCAGAAACUUUAAUAAUAUAAGACCAGAAAUUCUGAAACUCCAAUAGCAAAACGUAGGCAAAGUCCUUCUAGAUAUAGGUCCAAUCAACCACUUUAUCUUUUUUUAAGAUUUAUUUUUAUUAUUCUAAGUUGUGUGUUUAUGUCUGUUUGUGGGUGUCUUGUUAGGGUUUUAUUGCUGUGAAGAAGAGACACUAUGACCAAGGCAACUCUUAUAAAGAAAAAUAUUUAAUUGGGGCUGGUUUGCAGUUUCAGAGGUUUAGUCCAUUAUCAUCAUGUCAGGGAAGCAAGGCAGCAUCCAGGCAGACAUGGUGCUGUAGAAGGAGGUGAGAGUUCUAUAUCUUGAUCCUAAGGCAGCCAGGAGGAAUGUGUUUCACACUGCGUGUAGCUUAAGCAUUUAAGACUUCGAAGCCCCAAUUCCACAGUGACACACUUUUUCUAACAAGACCAUACCUCUUCCAAUAAGGCUACCCCUCCUAGUAAUGCCACUCCCUGUGGCCAAGUAUUCAAACACAUGAGUCUAUGGGGACCAUACCUAUUCAAACCACCACAGUGGGCAAGUGCACAUGUGCCAGGAAAGGACAGAAAUGAGUUACAGAUAGUUAUGAGUGGGUACUGGGAAAGAACAGUACAGGCACUUAACCACUGAGCUAUUUCUCUAGCCCAACCAAGGAUUUUCUAAAUAGGAUUUCAACAGUAUGGGAGAUAAUGUCCAAAUUUGACAAAGGGAAUUCAUGAAAUUAAAAAGUGUCUGUAUAGCAAAGGAAACAAUAAGCAAUUUAGAGAGGCAGGAUGCAGAAUGGGAAGAAAUCUGUCUGUUAUAGUUCUGAUAAGAAUUAUUAACUGGGAUCUAUUAAGAAUGCUAAUAACCACUGGGCAGUGGCGGUUCACACCUUUAAUCCCAGCACUUGGGAGGCAGAGACAGGCUGAUUUCUGAGUUCGAGGCCAGCCUGAUCUACAGAGUGAGUUCUAGGACACCCAAGGCUAUACAGAGAAACCCUGUCUCAAAAAACCAAAAACCAAAAACCAAAAAAAAAAAAGAAAAAAAAAAAGAAAAGAAAAGAAAGAGGAAAAAAAAGAAUGCUAAUAACCAGGACAAAACACUAUUUCAUGACCACUGCACUCAUGAACACUCAGCAACUGUGGUUACCUGCACAAGAUCAAGCCAGUUGACUUUCUAACAUGUAUGGGGGAGGGGCACAUGAGGCUCAUCCACCUCUAGGAGUUAUUGUAAGUGGAGGGCUAGUACAGAAAGAUGAGUCAGUUAUUUUUCAAGAGUGUAACCUCUGGUAGGUUGGCCAUACUCUCUCCAGUGAAUGGCCCCACACCCAUGCACUUCUGAGCAGCAUUAAUUGACCUCAGUGUUUUGGUUUGAUUUUGUAAUGAGAAUAGAAAAAGGUCUUUUAGACAUGUAAAAAUAGCUUAAUCAAAUAGCUACACCCAAGACUGAAUCUGAUAAGCAAAACUCAGUGACAUCACUCAUUCAAAAUAACCAGACACAAUCUAAGACCCAGUGAUGCCCACUGGACAUUAUAUAAGCAAAGACUAAGAACAGUGCUUGGCUCUGCACAGCUGGGGAGAUGGCACCUUAAUCUGUCCUGGAGCUGGAGAGUCUCUCCCAGGAUCCUGACCCUCAAAUCGUAAUUUCUGUUAGAAACUGGACCUGGCCUUCAGGUAAGAUUUGUUCCAUAGGUGAGCAGCCAUGGGGAGAUAGACUUAGGACUGUAGUUAGGAAUUUAGUGAAAAUUGUAUGAUGACUCUCAGCAUAAUAAAAUAUAACAUUUGUUACACUUACUACGCAUAUCUAUCUCUCUUCUUGCUUGUGACAGUUCUGCUUUUGAGAAAGAAUCUCACUUUGUAGCCCUGGCUGACCUGGAACUUACUAUGUAGAUCAGGCUCUCAGAGAUCUUUCUAUUUCUCUAUGUAGGCUAUGAGCUCUCAGAUUUUUUUGUUUUGUUUUGUUUUUUUUUGUUUGUUUGUUUUUUGUUUUUUGUUUUUUGUUUUUUUUUUUUUGAUUUGGUUUUUUGAGACAGGGUUUCUCUGUAUAGCCCUGGCUGUCCUGGAACUCACUUUGUAGACCAGGCUGGCCUCAAACUCAGAAAUCCGCCUGCCUCUGCCUCCCAAGUGCUGGGACUAAAGGCGUGCGCCACCACGUUCGGCUCUCGAGUGCGCCACCACAUCCGGCUUUCACAGAUCUUUCUAUUUCUCCUUUUUGAACGCUGAGAUUAAAGGCAUGCAUCGCCCCACUUGGGUCACUGGAUUCAGUUUUAAAAAAGAGAAAGAACCAGGGAUGCAGGAAUGGUUUAAUAUAUGGAAAUCUAUCAACAUAAUCCACUAUAUAAAUAAACUCAAAGACAAAAACCACACGAUCAUCUCCUUAGAUGCUGAGAAAGCAUUUGACAAAAUCCAACACCCAUUCAUAAUAAAAGUCUUGGAAAGAUCAGGAAUUCAAGGCCCAUACCUAAUCAUAAUCAUAAUAUACUGCAAACCAGUAGCCAACAUCAAACUAAAUGGAGAGAAACUUGAAGCAAUCCCACUAAAAUCAGGGACUAGACAAGGUUGCCCACUUUCUCCCUACAUAUUUAAUAUAAGUACUAGAAGUCCUAGCCAGAGCAAUUAGACAAUGAAAGGAAAUCAAGGGGAUACAAAUUGGAAAGGAAGAAGCCAAAUAUCACUAUUUGCAGAUGAUAUGAUAAUAUAUAUAAGUGACCCAAAAAUUCCACCAGGGGACUCCUAAACCUGAUAAACAGCUUCAGUGAAGUAGCUGGAUAUAAAAUUAACUCAAACAAAUCAGUGGCCUUUCUCUCACAAAGGAUAAAGGGACUGAGAAAGAAAUUAGGGAAACAACACCCUUCUCAAUAGUCACAAAUAAUAUAAAAUACCUUGGUGUGACUCUAACUAAGGAAGUGAAAGAUCUGUAUGAUAAGAACUUCAAGUCUCUGAAGAAAGAAAUCAAAGAAGAUCUCAGAAGAUGGAAAGAUCUCCCGUGCUCAUGGAUUGGCAGGAUUAACAUAGUCAAAAUGGCUAUCUUGCCGAAAGCAAUCUACAGAUUCAGUGCAAUCCCCAUCAAAAUUCCAACUCAAUUCUUCACAAAGUUAGAAAGGGCAAUUUGCAAAUUCAUCUGGAAUAACAAAAAACCUAGGAUAGCAAAAACUGUUCUCAACAAUAAAAGAACCUCUCUCUGGUGGAAUCACCAUACCCGACCUCAAGCUGUAUUACAGAGCAAUUGUGAUAAAAACUGCAUGGUACUGGUACAAAGAUAUACAGGUAGAUCAAUGGAAUAGAAUUGAAGACCCAGAAAUGAACCCACAAACCUAUGGUCAGUUGAUCUUUGUUUGACAAAGGAGCUAAAACCAUCCAGUGUAAAGAAGACAGCAUCUUCAACAAAUGGUGCUGGGUCAACUGGUGGUUAGCAUGUAGAAGAAUGUGAAUUGAUCCAUUCUUAUUUCGUUGUACAAAGUUCAAGUCUAAGUGGACAAGAAACUACAUAAAACCAGAGACUCUGAAACAUACAGAGGAGAAAAUGGGGGAAAGCCUUGAAGAUAUGGGCACAGGGGAAAAAUUCCUGAACAGAGCAGCAAUGGCUUGUGCUGUAAGAUCGAGAAUUGACAAAUGGGACCUCAUAGAAUAGCAAAGCUUUUGUAAGGCAAAAGACACUGUCAAUAAGACAAAAAGGCCACCAACAGAUUGGGAAAGGAUUUUUACCAAUCCUAAAUCAGAUAGGGGAUAUAUAUAAGGAACUCAAGAAGAUGGACUCCAGAAAUUCAAAUAACCCUAUUAAAAAUGGGGUACAGAGCUAAACAAAGAGUUCUCAACUGAGGAAUACUGAAUGGCUAAGAAGCACCUGAAAAAUUGUUCAACAUCCUUAAUCAUCAGGGAAAUGCAAAUGAAACAACCCCGAGAUUCUACCUCACACUAGUCAGAAUGGCUAAGAUCAAAAAUUCAGGUGACAGCAGAUGCUGGCGAGGAUGUGGAGAAAGAGGAACACUCCUCUAUUGUUGGUGGGAUUGCAAGCUGAUAUAACCACUCUGGAAAUCAGUCUGGCGGUUCCUCAGAGAAUUGGACAUAGUGCUACAGGAAGAUCCAGUAAUACCUCUCCUGCGCAUAUAUCCAGAAGAUGUUCCAACCGGUAAGAAGGACACAUGCUCCACUAUGUUCAUAGCAGCCUUAUUUAUAAUAAGCAGAAGCCGGAAAGAACCCAGAUGUCCCUCAACAGAGGAAUGGAUACAGAAAAUGUGGUACAUUUACACAAUGGAGUACUACUCAGCAAUCAAAAACAAUGAGUUUCUGAAAUUCUUAGGCAAAUGGCAGCUAGUAUUGAGAAGGAUCUUAUCUGCUUGCCCAUCAGGAUCAGAUUUGUAACAACAUCUUAUGUACAUAUAAACAGUGUAUCAUUUGCUUCACCCCUAUUUCCCCCUUGAAAGCUUGUAUUUUUUUUCCUACUGAGUAUGUACAUGCUGAGUAGAUACAGCCAAUAGUUAACAGUGCAUAUUGUGCUUGCAGAGGACCUUUGAGUUCAAAUCACAGGACCCAGGUUAAGUGUGGGCUGGGCUGGGCUGUGAUAAACAGCCUGGUUCCUUCCUGGUCGAGCUCAGGCUUGAAACCCCAGUGACCCCUCAGGUGACCCUGCAGGGGAUAACCCUGCAAGGAACAGUAGGGUUUGGCCACACUCCUGGGGCCCUGGCUCCUGUCACAUAGCUACAGACUCCCUCAGUACCCACCCCACUCCUCCAUAGAGAGGUCUGUGGCGAUCAGUCGAGUAGUAGCAGCAUUCCAAGCCCUCCCACAUGCAGAUAAGGUUUCUCCAAGCUCUCAGACCAAGCCAACGGGAAGUACUUGUUGUCAGACCCUGACCCACCCCAAAGUUGUAUAUAAGAAUCCUAUCCAGAAGGAAUAAAGGUGUGUGAGAACUA